UUCAACAGGUGUUUGAUAUAGAAGGCUCCAGCCAUUUUUUACGGUGACAGAAUGGAAACAGUCAACUAUGCACAUCAGAAAAUAUGAAGAAAACUGAUGUUUGCACAAAACAAGAGUACAAGUGGCAGGUUAAACCUCUUGGACAGCAUCCAUUCAUUUUUAAAUGGAGAUUUAAUAUAUAUUUAAGACGACCAACCAUAGCUGACAGAUCCCUGCAAAUAUAUACUUCAAUGUACCAGUGAGAUCAUUUGUAAAGAGUUGUAUGACACCACUUUGAGAUGACUGCAUAAGAGCAUUCAAAGACGCCUCCGAUUAAUGAGACUGUGAACAUUUGGGAGCAUCAACAGUUGUCUUCUGAAGAUUUGAUGACAAAGGAGCAGGAAGAUUUGUGAAAAUAAUACCCAACGCCCACAAACAUGAAUAAUUCUUCAAAUGUAUUUUCGGAUCCAAGUCCAAAUAGGUUUCAGGUCAAUGUCAUUAAUGAAAGCCACGACAAUACAGUACCGCCACUAGGAGAUCCCGACUCUCAGUGUUAUGAAGAAACAUCUUUUGCUGACGAGGCCAAUAACAGACGACGCGUCAGCUACAGACAUGGAAACCGAGAGGUGUAUGACAAUUGCUUUCAAAACGGGGAUGCGGCUAAAACAGAUGGAAGCUUUCAUCCCUAUGAUACACAUAGUAACACAUAUUAUCUGAAAAGCUUUGGUCAUAAUACAAUGGAUGCCAUACCUAAAAUUGAUUAUUACCGAAACACAGGCAGCGUCAGCGGAGCCAAAAUGAACAGGCCAAGCCUGAUGGACAUUCAUGAACAGUUAGCAAAGAACAUAGCUGUUACUUCAGUGGACAAAUUCACCAAAGCAGAUGGCACUACAAGAGGAGAUGUGGAAUCCAAAAAUGAAGAAGAAUCCAAAGGAGGCUUCGUGAAAUUUGGCUGGGUGAAGGGUGUCCUGGUGAGAUGCAUGUUGAAUAUCUGGGGCGUGAUGCUUUUCAUUCGCCUGUCCUGGAUCGUAGGCCAAGCUGGAAUAGGUCUUGGAGUUAUCAUAAUCCUCCUUGCCACCACAGUCACCUCUAUUACUGGCUUAUCAACUUCUGCAAUAGCAACUAAUGGUUUUGUUCGUGGAGGCGGUGCGUAUUACCUCAUCUCCAGAAGUUUAGGACCUGAAUUUGGUGGCUCCAUUGGACUAAUCUUUGCCUUUGCCAAUGCUGUGGCAGUAGCCAUGUAUGUCGUUGGAUUUGCAGAAACAGUUGUGGAGCUCCUCAGGAGCAGUAAUGCCCUAAUGGUAGAUGAAUCCAAUGACAUCAGGAUAAUAGGAGCCAUAACUGUAGUGGUUCUUUUGAGCAUCUCUGUGGCUGGUAUGGAAUGGGAAGCAAAGGCCCAAGUUAUUCUCCUUAUUAUCCUUCUAAUUGCUAUUGUGAACUUCUUCAUUGGGACAGUCAUUCCAAGCAACCAUGAAAAAAAAACAAGAGGCUUUUUCAAUUAUCAAGCCUCAAUAUUUGCUGAAAACUUUGGACCAGAUUUCAGAAAUGGGGAAGGGUUUUUUUCUGUGUUUGCCAUUUUUUUCCCAGCAGCCACUGGCAUUCUUGCGGGAGCCAAUAUCUCUGGAGACCUGGAGGAUCCACAAGAUGCUAUACCCAAAGGAACCAUGUUGGCCAUACUGAUAACAACUGUUGCUUACAUAGGUGUAGCAAUCUGUGCAGCUGCUUGUGUCGUUCGUGAUGCUACUGGGAAUGUCAAUGAUACAGUUGUAUCUGGAAUGAAUUGCAAUGGAUCAUCUGCUUGUGCCUUAGGCUAUGAUUUCUCCAGCUGUAAAACUCAGACAUGUGGUUACGGGCUGAUGAAUAAUUUCCAGGUUAUGACCAUGGUUUCUGGAUUUGGUCCCUUAAUCACAGCAGGAAUAUUUUCUGCUACGCUUUCAUCAGCAUUAGCCUCGCUGGUCAGUGCACCCAAGGUUUUCCAGGCUCUCUGCAAGGAUAAUGUCUACCAGGGCCUCCACUUUUUUGCCAAAGGAUAUGGGACAAACAAUGAACCAAUCAGAGGAUAUGUCCUUACUUUCUUUAUUGCUAUGGCCUUUAUUUUAAUUGCUGAGUUGAACACCAUUGCUCCUAUUAUCUCCAAUUUCUUCUUAGCUUCAUAUGCACUUAUCAAUUUCUCUUGUUUCCAUGCAUCAUACGCAAAAUCUCCAGGUUGGAGACCUGCCUUUAGAUAUUACAAUAUGUGGGUCUCCCUUUUUGGAGCCAUGCUGUGUUGUGGGGUCAUGUUUGUCAUCAACUGGUGGGCCGCCCUCAUCACAUACGCCAUUGAACUCUUUCUUUAUAUUUAUGUGACCUACAAGAAGCCAGAGGUAAAUUGGGGCUCAUCUGCACAAGCGCUCUACUAUGUUAAUGCUGUUGACAGAGCACUGGAAUUAACUACAGUGGAUGAUCAUGUGAAAAAUUUCAGGCCUCAGUGCAUAGCAUUAACUGGAGGGCCCAUGACAAGACCGGCUUUGUUAGACAUCACACAUUCAUUCACCAAGAACAACGGCCUCUGCAUCUGCUGUGAAGUAUACACGGGCCCACGCAAGCUGUGUGUUAAGGAGAUGAACAGUGGCAUGGCAACAAAGCAGGCCUGGCUGACAAAGAACAAAAGAAAAGCCUUCUAUGCUGCAGUGGCAGCUGACAGCUUUAGAGAUGGAGUCAAAAGUCUCCUCCAAGCUUCUGGUUUGGGCAGGAUGAAGCCCAAUACAUUAGUCCUUGGAUUUAAAAAGGAUUGGAGAGAUGCCACAGCAGUACAAGUUGAAAACUACAUGGGUAUUAUACAUGAUGCAUUUGACUAUGAAUUUGGUGUGAUUAUUGUUCGAAUAAGCCAAGGAUUUGACAUAUCACAAGUUCUCCAGGUUCAAGAGGAACUGAAAAAGCUGGAACAGGAGAGGCUAGCCCUGGAAGCCACCAUUAGAGAGAGUGAAAUUGAAGAAGGAAACCACGGCGUCCGUGGAUUUUUUAAAAGAGCCACCAAGUUCAAUGUGACAAAGCGGGCACCCCAAAAGGCCAGUAGCAUUAACACAAUCUCUUCAAUACAUGUGGGGGAGUUCAAUCAACGGCUGCUCGAAGUUAGCACUCAGUUUAAAAAGAAGCAGGGGAAAGGCACCAUCGAUGUCUGGUGGCUGUUCGAUGAUGGAGGGCUAAUUCUUUUAAUUCCCUAUAUCCUCACUCUUCGAAAAAAGUGGAAAGAUUGUAAAUUAAGGAUCUUUACGGGUGGAAAAGUUACUCGCCUUGAAGAAGAGAAGAUAAUGAUGGCUUCACUUUUAAAUAAAUUCAGAAUAAAAUUUGCUGACGUUAAUAUAAUUGGCGACAUCAAUAUGAAACCCAACAAAGAGAGCUGGAAAUUCUUUGAAGAGAUGAUUGAACCAUACCGCCUUCAUGAAAGCUGCAAAGAUUUAACAACUGCUGAGAAAUUAAAGAGAGAGGCUCCGUGGAAAAUCACUGAUGCGGAGCUAGAAGCAUUCAAGGAGAAGAGUUACCGCCAGGUCCGUUUGAAUGAACUCCUACAGGAACACUCCAGGGCUGCUAAUCUUGUUGUCCUGAGCCUACCGGUGGCAAGAAAAGGAAUGGUAUCUGAUCUCCUCUAUAUGGCUUGGUUAGAAAUUCUCUCAAAGAAUCUCCCUCCAAUUUUACUCAUCAGAGGCAACCACAAAAACGUUCUAACAUUUUACUCUUAGCACUCAGCACCUGAAGUGCAGCACACAGCAGCAACACCACACUACAAAACUGACACAGUGCAAUAAGAUCUCAGAAUCUGACAAAUACCCAAGACACUGAAAAAUCAUGUUGGUGUUACCUUUUAGCAGCACACCCUGUAAUGCUAUGUUUCUAAAAUUCUAAUAUUGCACUGAGAGUACUAAACAAUGAACAGACAAUAUCCAUCCUAUGCAGUGAUGACAACUGUGGACUGAAAUUUCAACCAUGUUGUAAUGUUUUGCAAGUAAUUCAGUUUGUGUGAGUUGUGUGGACUGAAAUUUCAACCAUGCAUAUCCACAGGCCACAGAUAAAUGCAUAGCUAAAUGUUCUUAGACAGAUUCAUUUCAAUAAAUUAAUAAUCACCUGUUGGACUGUGACUAUAUUGAUUUUUAAAACACAUCUUAGCUGUCUAAACUAUCCAUAAAUUUUAUUGAUAAAAAUGAAUACGAAGGUUCAUUUUAAAGCAGUCAAUAAAAGUUUCUAAAGCUUCCCAUGUGCUAGACUAGGACCCAAGUCUUCAGAGAAUACCUUAACCAGACUCACAGAAGCAGGCAUGAUAGCAUCUAAUAGCCUCUGACAGGUCUCUUCCCCACCAGCACCAUGCACAGGACCUUGGCUUCUCAGCCAGCAACCACCCACCCACAGUUAAGACAGUACAGCAUUGUAACCCAUGGAAGUGAAUCGCACAUCAUCACCUUGCCUUAUUUAGGCCUCAGAAUGUCCCAAUGACUUUCAUCCCAGCCAACUGCAUCAUUGUGUUGCUUGCCAUCAUCUGCUUGUUAUUUUUCUGUAGUGGAGUACUUACUACACUCUCUUCCAUUGCGGGGUCGCUAUCUGCUAACCUGCAUUAGAAGAGAAACGUGCCCAACAGAGUAAUCCUAAGAAGAGUUACUCCAGUCUAAGCCCAUUGAUUUUAAUGAGCUUAGACUGGAGUAGCUCUUCUUAGGAUUGCACUGUAAAACACCAUUGGCUUGUGCCAAUAUUGUGUGGCCAGUUGUGUCAGCAUUACAACCAAACAGUGCCAUCUGUUUUGUCCUUCCAAGUCUCCUGUGUUUUUGAAAGUAGCAUAGCAGACAAAGGAAUAAGUGCAGCUUUCCCCAUCAGCACAGGUGCAUAUAUUACAGGGACUGAGGCUAAUGCUCUGAGAGUGAGCGUCCAGAUCGGGACUGUGCUAGCCACUUCUCCAGUUCUCCCAUACCAUGCCCCAAAAGUCUACUUUUCCUUCUUGUACUGGCUUUACAUUUUUUCUAGUUCAGGCUUCCUCCAGUGCAACAGCUUCACUACGCUUUUGGGUUCCAUCAGUCCAGAGGAUUUGGUCACAAUCCUAUUUGGAUCUAACUGGUGUAACUCAAGAGUUAGGAUCACAUUACAACUCCCUGUAGAUUAAAACAAAUUGUUAAAAUACUGGACAGCAUUAUACGUACAGCAAUAUUGCUGUCCAGUAUUUUGACAAUUUACGUACAGCAAUCGUAUUUUGACAUUAUACGUACAGCAAUCUGUAUGCCAUUAAAGGUAUUUGAAUUGCAUUGAAUUGACGUAAAGCAAUACAGAACACUUUCAAAGUGAAAUUAAUACUAAAUUAAAAUUUUCUAAGAUUUCGUCUGAACACUGAUUUCUCUAGGGCUAUAAUCUCAAUAAAUGUAAUGGAAAAUAUUUUGGUAAUUUGGUGAUUUGUCACAGAGUCUAUAAGUAAAUUUGGUAUUCGGGUUUUUUCCUUUGUUUUAAUCUUUCCUGAUUAAAUAAGUAUUUUAAUUGCUGGGCUUGCCAUUACUAUGUUGAGCAUUUAAAUAUGAAAUAAACUGAUGUGAAUCAAAAUCUAUUUUCAGUA